CGCCGCGGGGGUCCGCGACCCGCGCCGGCGGGGAUGUUGCGGUGGGUCCGGCAGCAGCUGGGUUUUGACCCACCACAUCAAAGCGAUACAAGAACUAUUUAUAUAGCAAAUCGUUUUCCCCAGCAUGGCCAUUAUGUUCCUCAGAAGUUUGCGGACAACAGAAUCAUAUCAUCCAAGUAUACAGUGUGGAAUUUUGUUCCAAAAAACUUAUUUGAGCAGUUCAGAAGAGUAGCCAACUUUUAUUUUCUGAUUAUAUUUUUGGUUCAGCUCAUGAUAGAUACCCCUACCAGUCCUAUUACCAGUGGAUUGCCAUUAUUCUUUGUCAUAACUGUGACAGCCAUAAAACAGGGUUAUGAAGACUGGCUACGACAUAAAGCAGACAAUGAAGUAAACGGUGCUCCGGUUUAUGUUGUUCGAAGUGGUGGCCUUGUGAAAACUAGAUCUAAAAACAUUCGGGUGGGGGACAUUGUCAGAGUAGCCAAAGAUGAGACUUUUCCUGUUGAUCUGGUGCUUCUGUCAUCUGAUCGGGUCGAUGGUUCAUGCCAUGUUACUACCGCGAGUUUGGAUGGAGAGACCAAUCUUAAGACACAUGUUGCAGUCCCAGAAACAGCAGUGUUACAGUCCGUUGCCAACCUGGACAAACUUGUAGCUGUUAUAGAAUGUCAGCAGCCAGAAGCAGAUCUAUACAGAUUUGUUGGAAGAAUAACUAUAAGUCAACAAACUGAAGAAAUUGUACGACCUCUUGGGCCUGAAACACUCUUACUUCGUGGAGCAAGAUUAAAAAACACUAAAGAAAUAUUUGGUGUUGCAGUGUAUACAGGUAUGGAGACAAAGAUGGCAUUAAAUUACAAGAGUAAAUCUCAGAAACGGUCAGCAGUAGAAAAGUCCAUGAAUUCCUUUCUGAUUAUUUAUCUAAUAAUCCUACUCUUUGAAGCCAUUCUGAGCACUAUUUUAAAGUAUGCAUGGCAAGCUGAAGAAAAAUGGGAUGAGCCUUGGUAUAAUGAAAAAACAGAACAUGAGAGAAACAGCAGUAAGAUUCUGAGAUUUAUUUCAGAUUUUCUUGCUUUUCUGGUACUUUACAAUUUUAUCAUACCUAUUUCACUUUAUGUGACUGUUGAGAUGCAGAAAUUUCUUGGAUCUUUUUUUAUUGGCUGGGAUCUUGACCUUUAUCACAAAGAAACAAACCAGAGAGCACAAGUAAAUACUUCAGACCUCAAUGAGGAAUUGGGACAGGUAGAGUAUGUGUUUACAGACAAAACUGGUACAUUAACUGAAAAUGAGAUGCAAUUUCGGGAGUGCUCCAUUAAUGGCAUAAAGUACCAAGAGGUCAAUGGUAAACUAACUCCAGAGGGGUGUUCUGAAGAUUCUCCAGAUGGAAAUAGGCAUAGUUUGAUGAAAGAGGAGGAACUCUUCUUGAAAGCAGUUUGCCUUUGUCAUACAGUGCAGAUCAAUGCAGAUCAAACAGAUGGUGCUGAUGGUCCCUGGCAUGCCAAUGGAAUAGCAUCCCCAUUGGAGUAUUAUGCUUCUUCACCAGAUGAGAAAGCUUUAGUUGAAGCUGCAAGCCGGGUUGGAGUUGUAUUUACUGGAACUAGUGGGGACAGUAUGGAAGUAAAAAGUCUCGGAAAACCAGAAAGGUAUAAAUUACUUCAUGUUUUGGAGUUUGAUCCAAACCGCAGACGAAUGAGUGUCAUUGUAGAGAGUCCCUCAGGGGAAAAGCUUUUAUUCACAAAGGGAGCAGAAUCUUCCAUUCUUCCUCGUAGUAAGAGUGGAGAAAUAGACAAAACAAGGAUACAUGUGGAUGAAUUUGCUUUGAAAGGACUAAGAACUUUGUGCGUAGCCUACAGAAGAUUCACACCUGAGGAGUAUCAAGAAAUUGGCAAACGUCUUCAUGAGGCCAGGACUGCCUUACAACAACGGGAAGAAAGAUUAGCAGAUGUGUUCAACUUCAUAGAAAGGGAUCUGGAAUUACUUGGGGCUACAGGAGUAGAAGACAAACUGCAGGAGAAAGUCCAAGAAACUAUAGAAGCACUCAGGUUGGCUGGUAUCAAAGUGUGGGUACUCACUGGAGAUAAGCACGAAACGGCUGUUAGUGUCAGUUUAUCAUGUGGACACUUUCAUAGAACCAUGAACAUCCUUGAGCUUGUGCAACACAAGUCAGACAGUACAUGUGCAGAACAACUGAGGCAGCUAUUCGUAACAAAAUCUGAAUUUUUCCAUCACACUGAUACAACGCCAACCUUUUUGUCCCUGAAUAGAAUAAAGGAAGACCAUGUUAUCCAGCAUGGACUGGUUGUGGAUGGGACCAGCCUCUCUCUUGCACUCAGGGAACAUGAAAAACUGUUCAUGGAAGUUUGCAAAAACUGUUCUGCAGUGUUGUGCUGUCGCAUGGCACCCCUUCAGAAAGCAAAGGUAGUGCGACUGUUAAAAACGUCUCCAGAGAAACCUAUAACAUUAGCGAUUGGUGAUGGUGCUAAUGAUGUGAGCAUGAUACAAGAAGCACAUGUUGGCAUAGGAAUCAUGGGCAAGGAAGGAAGACAAGCUGUAAGAAACAGUGACUAUGCAAUAGCGCGGUUUAAAUUCCUCUCCAAGUUGCUUUUUGUUCAUGGGCACUUUUACUAUAUUAGAAUAGCAACCCUUGUACAGUACUUUUUUUAUAAGAAUGUGUGCUUUAUUACACCACAAUUUUUAUAUCAGUUCUUCUGUUUGUUUUCACAACAAACUCUCUAUGACAGUGUAUACCUGACUUUGUACAAUAUUUGUUUCACUUCCUUGCCUGUCCUCAUAUACAGUCUUUUUGAACAGCAUGUGCAUCCGCAUGUAUUACAGAGUAAACCUGUGCUCUAUCGAGACAUCAGUAAAAAUGCCCAUCUGGGGUUUAAACCAUUUCUUUACUGGACCAUCUUGGGCUUCUUUCAUGCAUUUGUUUUCUUUUAUGGCUCGUAUCUUCUAAUGGGAGAAGACACUUCUCUGCUGGGAAAUGGCCAGAUGUUUGGGAACUGGACAUUUGGUACUUUGGUCUUCACGGUUAUGGUUAUAACUGUUACAAUGAAGAUGGCACUAGAAACUCACUUCUGGACAUGGAUAAACCAUUUUGUUACUUGGGGAUCCAUUGUAUUUUAUUUCAUAUUCUCCUUGUUUUAUGGGGGAAUUAUCUGGCCAUUUUUACAUACCCAGGACAUGUACUUUGUAUUUGUUCAACUGUUGUCAAGUGGUUCUGCUUGGUUUGCCAUAAUCCUCAUAGUAGUUGCUUGUUUGUUUAUUGAUGUUGUGAAGAAAGUGCUGUACAGACAUCUACAACCAACAAGUACUGAAAAAGCUCAGAUGUACUCCAACAGAGUUGCUUUAAGUGACGAGUUCAUCGCACUGCAGCCAUUGUCCAGGGCAAGGAAUCAGCUGAGCAAAAUUAGCUUACUGAGGCAGGUUCAGGUAUCAACUGCUUGGACUCCGUGUGCUGCUUCUCAGAUGGGGAAACAGCAUGCACAUCUGUUAGAAGAAUGCUGGAACGACUAAUGGGCCGAUGUAGUCCAACCCGGGUCAACAGAUCAUGGAGUUCAUCGGAUCCCUUCUAUGCCAACGACAGAAGCAUCUUGACUCUCUCCACAAUGGACUCACCCACUUGUUAACAGGGACAUUUGUAAAUGCCUUGUGGAAGCCAUGUGGUGCUCACACACCUAUAGUAGAUUCUGAAGCGAGUUCAGUGCUACAUCCCUGCCCUAGAAAAGACUAGCAUGACUUCUAAAUACAAACCGUGGCUUGUCUUGUGGCCUAGCAUAAGUCAUCUGGACAGUCAUCGCUUCCAGUUUUGUUUUUUUUCCUAAUUAUAUCCACAAAUUGCUGAAUAACUUUUUUUUUUUUGUAAGGAAUGCUUUUACCUCUGACCAUUUAAAAUUUUUUGUUACCAUAUGAGCAGAUUGGAAUCUCAUUUGAUACUGCGACAUCACUGUAGCGCAGUGACAGAAUCUUUCUCCUCCCAAAUUCAAGUGAUCCAAUAGAACUGCAUUUGCACAAUGGAGCUCUAAAAAGUUGCAUUUUUCAUGAUGACCCUUCACUUUAAACACACACAUUAAUUUUGAGCUGUCUCUUACAGAUGCUGUCUUAGCAGUUUGCAAAGCAUUUUUGUUAUUUCCAUGGACGGUUACUGUAUUCUAUAAGCAAUCAGUUUAGUAAUUUUUGGGAGUUAAAUACAAUUAGAGUAUUUAUGCUGGUGUAGGAAUGGCGAUAUAUUAGUCAUUGCUUUGAAAAACACUGUUGACUUUGACAGAUCAAUAAUUUGGAAUAAUAAGGGAUAUAACAGUUCACUGUUCUCUUAAAGUAUAAUUCAGAAGCCAGUCAUCUUUUAUUAUGCCCUGUGUGUUUUGUUAACAGUUCUUGAUCCUGACAUGGAAGAAUGCGUAAGAAUUGGUGGAUUGUGCAGAAGUCUCACUAGCAUAAAUUUUUUGAAUUAUUAAUCCUUUUAAAGUUGGGGAAUUUUUGCAUGUUUUAUUCUUUUUCAUGUAUUUAUAUUUGGUCAUGUACUUUGAAGAUACAAUUGAUGCUUAAUUAUCUUCAUAUAUCUGAAGGAUCUGAGACAUUGAUGGCCAUGUUUUGAUACCUAAGUAUGCCAAUAAAAACAAAUUGCACAGA